AUAUCAUUUGUCAUUAUAUUAUAGACUUCACAGGGUGUGAAUCGUGUGAAUGUUAAAUUUUAAAAGAAAAUUGUAAUAGCUUAUCUUAAAUUGUAAUAAAUUAUUCCGCACCAGUGAAGAAGUCAAUAUGCAAAGCCAUAUAGGUUCAAGUUUAAAUGACCCUGAUGUGCCCUUUCCAAACAAAUAUGUUUAUAUUAAACAAAAUUUCAUUCUUGAUGGUGGACAACAACCAGUACCAUCGAAAGUUUUAGUUAACCCACAUUUUAGCAGAAAAGUAUUUGUGAAUCCAAAUUACAACCCAAACAAUAACACAAUUGUACCAGGAAAGAUACAUAUCAAUCCCAACGUGGCCAUGCAAAAAGAAAAUAUUUCUAAUAAAAUUCAUGUAAAUCCAAAAGUUAUCAACAGCAUUGGAGCUCCAACAACAUUAGAACCAAUCAAACAACCGAUUACAUAUUCUUCGAAAACUAAGUUGGUAAGAAAACCACUUAAAGAACAACCUAGUUCUUUAUCUAAGAGAAGUAGAAGAUCAUCAGUUUAUUCAAAAUUUAAAAUUGUCAAGUCUUCAGCUGUAACUAAGCCAGGUGAAAUGAAGAUAAAGAGUAAACUAUUGUUUAAUACAAAGUACAAACUAAAAAGAAUCAAUGCAAGCAACUCGAAUAAAUAUUUGAUUCCACAAAGUGUUCAACUUGGUAAUAAGUACAAACUAGAUAGGAGAUCAAGAUCAGUCAGCAGUUCCAGAUCUAGAUUUGUUUUUGCUAACAGAUUUCUUAGUAUUAGUGAUAUCGCUAAAAAAGUACCUUUAAGAACAAAAAGUCUAGUCAAUAUCUCAGGAAUUUUCUACAAAAAAUCACCAAAUAAAUUACAACGAACAUUAUCGUCACCUAAAGACAAAAAGAAAACAACAAAAGAUGCUAACACUUUAAAGAAAAACAGAUUUAAAAUCGUCAGACAACCAGAGAACAAAUCAGCUUUGGAAAAGAAGAAUUCUAGGAUUACUUCUAGAUACUCGAGUAGGAAGAAUAUUUCAGUAGAAAAGUUAAAGAAGUGCAAUAUCCCUUGUCCUUAUUAUAGAAAGUUUGGAAAAUGUAAAGGAAAAGAACUCGGAAAAUGUCCCAGGAAACAUGAUCCUGAUCAAAUUGCACUGUGUACAAAAUUUCUACAGGGUGCAUGUAUCGAUCCAAAAUGUUUGCUCUCCCACAAUGUAUCACCAGAAAAGAUGCCUACGUGCAAGUACUACCUGGAAGGAUUGUGCUCCAAAGACUGUUGUCCAUACCUACAUGUUAAAAUAAGCCCUAAAGCUGACAUUUGCAGAGAUUUUUUGGAAGGAUUUUGUAUAAAGGCGUCACAGUGUGACAAACGUCACCAGUUUUUGUGUCCAGAUUUCGAGAAGAACGGUACUUGCCAUAAGCCGAGAUGUUCCUAUCCACAUGGUAGAAUGGUAAGAAAAUAUUCAGUUUUCAAUAAGAAUAAAUUUGCCAAGAAAUCUUCCAAACAUAUUAAUGAAAAUGCCUCAACAUCUAAAGACCGACCAGUAACAUUAGUUAAUAAAAAAGAAGAAACGACUGAAAUAGAAUCAGUAAAUACCAGAUAUUAUUCAGAUAAAAACAAAGAAAAUGUACAAAAGUGUGAAAAUGGUGAAUCUUCUGUUGAGGUCGAUUCAAAUCAUCCAGUUAAUUUUAAAACAAGACCUAGGUUAGGAGAGUUACCUUCUUUUAUAUCAUUUGGAGAUUCAUGAUGAACAUUUCUUGGCAAUACUUGUAGUUUUAAUUUUAUAUAAAAAAUGUAUGUAUUUUUGAUUAAUAAAUAAAGACAAUAUUUUAAA